CGAUUGUCAACUAUAAGCAUGGCGUUCUCGUAUUGUAAGGUCUUUGGAAAGGAUAAGGUAAUCUUUGCCACCAAGGAGGACCAUUCUACACCCAGUACCGUGGAGCUACCAGCUCCAGAGCCACCGCAGGGUCUAAUUACCAAGGAUGGCAGCAUCAAUUGGAGCUGUCCAUGUUUGGGCGGCAUGGCAACGGGACCUUGCGGUGUUGACUUUCGAGAAGCGUUUUCAUGUUUUCACUACAGCGAAGCGGAUCCUAAGGGCUCCGAUUGCUAUGAGGCAUUCCGUAAAAUGCAGGACUGCUUCCAGCAAUAUCCGACAGUCUAUAAUAAGGCAAAUGGUGCAGAUGAUGAUGACGAUGCCCUCGGUGACGUUAUGAAUUCGGAUAGCAGCUCCAGUGUUAAGGAAGUUGAUGAACUCUCAGGCGGUGCUGGAGCUGCUGCGGCUGCGGCAGCAGAUACACAUAUAACCAACAACAAUGCCAUGUCGAAAGUGGAAUAA